AUGUCAUCAAAUCAAGAAGCUACUCGGCGCGCUUCCCGUCUCAAGGCUCUGUUUCGCGAUGUCCUCGCCGGAAGUCGUCCCGUCAGAGCUUCUGUGGAUGCCAAGUUGUUCCUCGAGGCCAUCCAGAACAGCCAGCCUCCCGGCUCCUGCGUUGAAACCAUCAUUGCCAGCAAGUCUGGCGUCAGUGCCGUCAGAGAUGCAGUCCGUGUCGAUCUCUCGUCAGCUUUUGCCCUCUCCCACGCCCUUCCCUUCUUGAGGUAUCUCUCGGACCCUGGAGUUAAAGCCCUUGCCGACGGCCAGCUCCUCCAGCAACUGCUUCUCGCAAUUGCUCACCCCCCGACUGUGUGGAACAUGCUCUUCAAUAUGUUCCUAAUCGGUAAUAUCCCGCAUGAUCAACUCUAUCCAUUUGUCUGGCUUGCCCUGCAGCUUGUCUCGCUCCCCCGGAACACUGAGGUGGACGUUCUGUCAGAUGUCCAGAUCAUUGUGGGCCGAGAGAGUCUGCUAAAGGCCGAAUCCCAUGAAACCCGCGAACUGGGCUACAAGAUCAAACACGUGCUGCAGCUCCGGGUCUCACCUGGCCAGGGUCUGGGUCCUCAGAUCGGCGGUCCAGGUGGGCGGCACGACAACGACCACGCCAACUUCCGGGACAUCCAGAUAUACCCUACGACAGACGAGCUCCUCUCCACCCAGCCCCCCUACUACCAAACCGUCCGAGAGGUGUUCGACACGGAUCUGCCCGACCGCACCCGCGUUCACCUCGACAACCAAUUCCGCCUUCUCCGCGAAGACAUGCUCGGCGAGCUGCGCGAAGAUAUCCAAGUUGCUACUGGGAAGAAGAAGGGGAAGCGAAAGGCAUUGGCCCUGGGCGGCCUCGUGCCUGUCAGCAUCAACGUUGGCGACGAGUCUAUGGGACGGUUCAAGAAGUGCUGCCUGGCAGUGGAGUGCUACGACGGCCUUGAAUUUCUCGAGGACAUGGAUCUUACAAGCCGCCAGAAGUUCCUGAAGGUCGAGUCGAGCUUCCUCAAACACCAGACGUUCGGGGUCCUGUGCCGCGGCAACGAGUGCUACGGGUUCGCUUUCAUCGACCGGGAUGCCGAUCUUCUUGCCAAAUCCCCGCCUGUUGUCUUGCUCCAGUUCACCGACUACCGGGGACUCCACAAGGCCCUCCUCGCCCUCCAAGUUGACCAGAAGACUGCCAAGCAAGUCCAGUUUAUCCUCAUUGACACACCUGUGUUUGCUUACGAGCCCGUGCUAAACGGCCUGAAGGAACUCACAGAGCUGCCACUUCACGACCCCCUCUUUAACCCAGCUGCUGCUGAACUCGAGUUCAAUCCACCGGAGGGAUUAAAAAACCUUGUUCUGACGGUGCAAGAACGUGGUACCAAGUCUUUGAGGCUGGCUAAAUCCGGGGUCGAAUUUGACAGCGCCCAAACGGAGGCGCUGCUCAGUGCCCUAACGCGGCGAGUGAGCCUGAUCCAAGGACCCCCUGGAACUGGAAAGUCGUUCAUCGGCGCCCACAUUGCGAAGUGUAUUCACCGCUUUUCCACCUGCAAGAUACUAGUCAUCAGCUAUACCAACCACGCCCUGAACCAAUUUCUGGAGGACUUGACCAAGGCUGGUAUCCCCGAGAACGACAUAGUGCGAAUAGGCUCCAAGGCCAAAUGCACACCAGCAACUCUACCCCUUCUCCUGACCGAGCAGACAAGGUUAUACAGACGGGCGCCAACGACCUGGAAUAUCAUCAACGACCUCAAAUCAGACGCGGGGGACUCUGCCGACGAACUCAAAACUGCGUUCUCCCACUAUCAGCAGCUCUCCAUCUCGUGGGCAGAUAUCUCGGAACACCUAGAGUUCUCAGCCGACGACCGCCAUUUCUACGAGGCGCUGCUCGUUCCAGUGGACAAAGGCGGGUGGAGACGCGCUGGCGGACAAGGCAAGAGAGUUGGCCCCAGCUACCUCUACCAGCGGUGGAGGAAAGGGGAAGAUGCCGGGAUUUUCAAGGAUGUUGCCGAGAAUCAGGGCGCGGUCUGGGCCAUGACCAAAUCCGUCCGCGAGGGUCACCUUGAGAGGUGGACGAGAACGAUGGUGGAGGAGCGCCUAGGCGCCAUCGACGAGCUCGCUCGCCAAUACAACAACUUCCAGGAGAGGAUCGAGACGCAAUUCGGGGAGAACAACGUCCACAUUCUGAAGAGCAAACGGAUCAUCGGCUGCACGACCACCGCCGCCGCCAAAUAUUCGAGGAUUAUCCGGGCCGCGAGCCCCGACGUGAUCCUCGUCGAGGAGGCCGGAGAGAUCCUGGAGAGCCACAUAUUGACGGCCAUGGCCCCGACGGUCAAGCAGCUGAUCCUGAUCGGCGACCACAAGCAGCUGCGACCCAAGGUCAACAACUACGCCCUGACGGUCGAGAGGGGCGACGGCUUCGACCUGAACCGCUCGCUGUUUGAGAGGAUGAUCAUGCAGGGCGCGCCGCACACCACGCUCUGCAAACAGCACCGGAUGGUUCCCGAGAUAUCCAUCUUCCCGCGCGAGCUGACCUACCCCGAGCUUCACGACGGCCCCAAGACAAGCGGCCGACCGGCCAUUAUUGGGCUGCAAGACCGCGUCGUGUUCCUUAACCACGGAAAGAUGGAAGACAUCGACAGCGCAAUCAGCGACCGCCGAGACGCGGGGACGAAGGCGAGCAAGAAGAACCGCUUCGAGGCCGAGAUGGCGCUGCGCUGCCUCAAGUAUCUCGGCCAGCAAGGAUAUAAGUCUGACCAGAUAGUGAUACUAACGCCAUACCUUGGCCAAGUGCGGGAGCUGACCGAAGUCCUUCGCCGCAACCAGCAUGACCCGGAGAUCAGCGAGCUGGACAGGUUCGAGUUGAUCCGCGCGGGGCUGCUGAGCCAGGCGGCGGCAAAACUUGACAGGAAACCCGUCCGCGUGUCUACCAUUGACAACUACCAAGGCGAGGAGAGCGACAUCGUCAUCGCCUCCCUGACGCGGAGCAACGAGUCCGGCGACAUCGGCUUCAUGGCGGCGCCGGAGCGGCUGAACGUGCUCAUCACGAGGGCGCGCGACUGUCUGCUUUUAAUCGGCAACAUGGAGACGUUUAUGCAGAGCAAGAAGGGGAGGGAGACGUGGCACCCGUUCUUCGAGCUGCUGAAGCGAGAGGGCCACCUUUACGACGGCCUGCCCGUCAAGUGCGAGAGACAUCCCGACAGGACGGCGCUACUGAAGGAGCCUGUCGACUUUGCCAAGUCUUGCCCGGACGGAGGAUGCUCGGAAGUUUGCGGCGCAACCCUCAAAUGCGGAAUCCACAAAUGCAAAUCCCGCUGCCACCGCAUAACCGACCACACCAAGAUCCCAUGCAGCCAGCUCCAAUCCCAGACCUGCCCACGCCAGCACACAACACGCGUCCCGUGCUCGCGGCAGCCGCGCGGUGGAUGCAGCGCCUGCGCGUCAGAGGACCGCGAGGCGGAGCGGCAGGCGCGGCGCGACCUGGCCAUGGAGGUGGCGCGCGCGCAGAGGCAAGAGGCGUACGCGGCGCGCCUGCGCGCCGUGCGGGAGGAGAUCGAGAGCCGGAGAAGGGAGGCGCGGUACGAGGAAGAGGAGAGGGAGCAGGGGCGCGAGUUGGAGGCGGCGAGGGGGGAGUUGGCUGCGCUGGAGAGGGCGAGGGUGGUUAGGGAGAAGAGGGGGGAGGGAAGGGGUGGUUGUUCCCCCGGGGGUGGUGGUGGUGGUGGUGAUGAUGGGCCUGUCGUUCCGGGGACGGCUAGGGCGGAUUGGGAGCAUAUGAAGGAGUUUGAGGGGGCUGGGAGUAGGCCGCUGGAUGAGUUGAUGGGCAUGAUUGGGCUUGAGGAGGUGAAGCGGGAAUUCCUGUCCAUCAAGAUCAAGGUCGACACUGCGCUGCGACAGGGCGUGUCUCUGGAUUCGGAGCGCUUCGGCUGUUCGUUGCUUGGGAACCCCGGCACCGGGAAAACCACAGUAGCGCGCCUCUACGCCGCCUUCCUCACCGACGCAGGCAUCAUCCCGGGCACCACCUUCAAAGAAACAACCGGCUCAGGCCUCGCCAACCUCGGCGUAGCCGGCACCAAGAAGCUUCUAGACGAUCUCCUCAACUCGGGCGGCGGCGUCCUCCUCAUCGACGAGGCCUACCAGCUGACCUCGGGCAACAGCCCCGGCGGCCGCGGCGUUCUCGACUUCCUGCUGGCCGAGGUCGAGCGCCUGACGGGCAAGGUGGUGUUCGUGCUGGCCGGCUACGCGCGCCAGAUGGAGGGGCUGUUCGCGCACAACCCUGGCCUGCCGGGCCGGUUCCCCGUCGAGAUGGCGUUCGCCGACUACGACGACGACGAGCUGCGGCGCAUCCUCGAGCUCGGCGUCGCGAAGAAGUACGGCGGUCGGAUGCGCGUCGACGGCGGGGUCGGCGGUCUGUGCUGCCGGGUUGUGGCCCGGAGGAUCGGGCGCGGGCGCGGGAAGGAGGGGUUCGCUAAUGCGAGGGCCGUGCAGAAUGUCCUUGCUAGGAUCUCCCGGCGGCAGGCGGAUCGGCUGCAGCGGGAGAGGCGUGCGGGUGCGAAGCCGGAUGACUUCUUGUUCACGAAAGAGGAUAUGAUAGGCCCGAAACCCGCCGAGGCCCUCGAGAAGUGCGCGGCGUGGCGGAAGCUGCGGGAGUUGGUCGGCCUGGGGGCCGUCAAGGACGCGGUGCAGGCUCUGGUUGAUAGCAUCCAGCAGAACUACCAGAGGGAGCUGGAUGAGCAGCCUCCCAUCGAGUACUCCCUCAAUAAGGUGUUUCUCGGCAACCCGGGGACUGGGAAGACCACUAUUGCUAAGUUAUACGGGGAAAUUCUGGUUGCGCUUGGGUUGUUAUCCAAGGGAGAAGUGGUGACGAAGAAUUCCUCCGACUUUGUGGGGGCUGCCCUAGGACAAUCGGAACAGCAGACGAAAGGGAUCCUCGCCGCCACCGUCGGGAAAGUGCUUGUGAUCGACGAGGCCUACGGUCUCUACGGAGGCGGCGGCGCUCCGGGUUCCACCUCGGAUCCGUACAAGACAGCAGUCAUCGACACGAUCGUGGCCGACGUGCAGAGCGUUCCCGGCGAUGACCGAUGUGUUCUCCUCCUGGGAUACAAAGACCAGAUGGAGACCAUGUUCCAGAACGUCAAUCCGGGACUCAGCCGCCGCUUCCCCAUUGCCUCGGCUUUCACCUUUGAAGACUUCAGCGACGAGGAGCUCGGCAAGAUACUGGACCUCAAGCUCAAGAAUCAGGGGUACCGAGCCACCGGCCAGGCCCGGGGAGUGGCCAUGGACAUGCUGUGCCGGGCUCGCAACCGGCCCAAUUUCGGCAACGCCGGCGAGAUCGACAUCAUCCUGGACACCGCCAAGGCGCGGCACCAGACGCGACUCUCCAAGGCCAAGGACAAGGCCGCCGCCGCCGACAACGUCCUGCAGGCGCAAGACUUUGACGGGGACUUCGACCGGGCCGAUCGCGCCGAGACCAACAUCCGCAAGCUCUUCGAGGGCACCGUCGGCAGCGACCAGCUCGUGGCCCAGCUCGAGGGCUACCAGUCGACGGCGCGGACGACCAAGGCCCUCGGCCUGGACCCGCGCGAGGGCGUCCCGUUCAACUUCCUGUUCCGCGGGCCACCCGGCACGGGCAAGACGACGACGGCCAGGAAGAUGGGCAAGGUGUUCUACGACAUGGGGUUCCUCGCCGCCGCCGACGUGGUGGAGUGCUCGGCCACGGACCUGGUCGGCCAGUUCGUCGGCCAGACGGGGCCUAAGGUGCAGCAGGUGCUGGACAGGGCGCUCGGCAGGGUCCUCUUCGUCGACGAGGCGUAUCGCCUGGCCGAGGGGCAUUUCGCCAGGGAGGCCGUGGACGAGCUCGUCGACUCGGUCACAAAGGAAAGGUACCACAAGAAGCUGAUCAUCAUCCUGGCGGGCUACGACACGGAGAUCAACCGCCUCAUGGCCGUCAACCCGGGCCUGGCCUCGCGGUUCCCCGAGGCGAUUGACUUCCGCGCCCUCGCGCCGGAAGAGUGCGUCACCUUGCUCAUCCGGGUCCUAGACGGCCGGAGGACGGUCCUGGGAGAUCGGGGCGUGGAGCUCGACCUGUCUGCCUUGGAGGCACCCACGACGUCGUUUGCGGCGUCGGUCCGCGGCCUGUUCGCCGCGCUGGCGGUGCAGGAAGGGUGGGCGAAUGCGCGGGACGUCAUCACGCUCGCGCAGGGGGUGUUCAAUGACGCGAUUAGGUCCAAGGAGGGGAUUGCUGCGGGUCGCAUUCCUGUUCGCGGAGAGGCCGUGGUGGAGCAACUAAAAGCCAUGCUCGCGAAGCGUCAGGGGCAGAGUGGACUGGCGGCUUCUUUGCCUCGGGGGAUGCAAGACGCGCCGGUGGAUCUUGGACAGCUUGCCCGGAGACCGGCAGACACGGCGACGAAGAUUGAGACGCGCGCCCAGCAGCAAGAUCCAGUCGUCGAGAGGGAGUUGCAAGAGGACGAGGAAGACGAAGAGUACGACCUCGUUGACGACGUCAUCCACCCGCAGGACGGCUCGGGGUCGGCAGCGGCUGCUGCAAAGCGAGAUGCCGGGGUGAGCGACGCGGUGUGGGAGCAGCUGCAGCGGGACCGCGAGGCGGAGGAGAAGCGGGACGAGGAGCACCGACGUCUGGAGGAGGCCGCCCGGAAGGCGAGGGGCGAGGCAAGAGAGAAGAUCGUCAAGAGGUUGCUGGAGGAAGAGGCGCGGCGGAACCGGGAGGCGGAGAUGCGCAGGAGGUUGCAGGUUUCAGGGGUUUGUCCGAUGGGGUACGAGUGGAUUAAACAGGCAGGGGGGUUCCGGUGUGCUGGGGGGUCGCACUUUAUGUCGGAUGGACAGUUGGCUGGCCUCAAGUAG